AUGGUACGACACAAGAAAGAGGGCGGCUCCUCCAAAGCGAAACGAUUCUCAGGGAAGACGCGGCACACACCCCGGGCUCCACGAGAAGGCGGCGAAGAGGGCAGCGUGGCUGAACGGCCCCCGUUCAAAGCAGCCUGCUGGGAUUUCGGACAUUGCGACGCCAAACGAUGCAGCGGGAAGCGGCUCAUGCGCUUUGGAAUGAUGCGCGAGUUGCCCAUCGGUCAGAAGUGGCCCGGCGUGGUGAUCUCGCCCAAUGCGAAGCGAGUCGUGUCGCCUGCUGAUCGGGAGCUGCUGGAGCAAUAUGGUGCCGCAGUGGUUGAAUGCUCCUGGGUCAGGAUACAGGAGGUUCCCUGGUCGAAGAUUGGCGGGAAAUGUGAAAGGCUUCUGCCGUACCUUGUGGCGGCGAACCCUGUUAACUACGGGAAACCAUGGCGGCUCAACUGCGUUGAGGCUCUGGCUGCGUGUUUUGCCAUCUGCGGCCACGAGGAUUGGGCGGAGAUUGCACUGCAACACUUCCCCUACGGCAAGCCGUUUAUGGAAAUCAACUCGCAGCUUUUCAAGCGGUACGCCGCAUGUCAGAACGAAGAAGAGGUCAAAAAGGCCGAAGAGACGUGGCUCGCCAAGCUGGAGAAGGAGUACUCCAACAGCCGUCUCAAUGCCGAGGGUGACGAUGUCUGGGCGGGGGGGAACACGAAUCGACGAGAUGUUCUAGACUCGGAUGAAGACGAGGAUGGUGACGAAGGCGAAGACGACGAAGACGCAGACGACAGCUCUGAGGCUUCAGGUGACGAGGACGCUGCGUUACCCAUGCAACAAGGCGUUUCGCUGGAUCUGCCGCCCAAUGAAGACGACGAAGACGAGGAGGCGGAAAUGGCAGAGAUCAGGCGCAAGAUACUGGCGUCCAAGCCCUUCAGUGAUUCCAUAUCUAUGGAAGCACGCAGGAAAGAGGCUCAGCAAGGUCGCGAAGGACCUGCCGAGUCGACAGCCAUGUUAAGCACAGAACCACCGCAGCUGAUGGAUUCUGACGCCGAGUCCGGUUCAGCUGAGGAAGACUACGACGAUUUCGACCAGAUUGCAAACGCCACGCCAGUCACAGACCGAACGGGCAUCAUGGCACGAGAGCGACAGAAGAAGCUGGAGCUGGCGAGUGCCUCGUUCUCGCGGAUAGUAGUCUCGGCUCCAAAGAAAUGGUAA